AUGGGAGAUGACAGGGAGAGGCUCCUCCCGCCGAAGCCCUCCACUUCGUCCUCCAUCGCCGGCGCCGGCGGCGCCGCCGCCGUCGCGCGGUCGGUCUUGCAAGGGAUGGAUUACCUUGGCAUCAAGAAGCGGGGGCAGGGGGUCCGUUCGUGGAUCCGCGUGGACGCCGCCACCGGCAGUUCCCAGAUAAUGGAGGUAGACAAGUUUAGCAUGAUGCGACGGUGCGAUUUGCCGGCGCGGGAUCUCCGGCUUCUGGACCCUCUCUUCGUGUACCCUUCCACCAUUCUCGGCCGCGAGAAGGCCAUCGUCGUCAACCUGGAGCAGAUUAGGUGCAUCAUCACCGCCGAGGAGGUGCUGGUCCUUAACUCUGUCGACAGCAACGUCCUCCAAUACGUGGUGGAGCUUCAGAGGAGACUUGCGGUGCCACAGGGGGAUUUCUUUGGCGGGGCAGCCUCGCCGGAUUACCUGCCUUUCGAGUUUCGGGCGCUCGAGGUAGCGCUGGAGUCGGCUUGCUCGUUUCUCGACGCGCAGGUGCGGCUGCUUCUACCUGAGUCCUCUCGUCCUUCGAUGCUCACUCGUCGUGGUUUUCUGUUGGGAUGAUGGCGUUGCUUGAUUUCUCAUCUUGAUGCUUUACGAUGCACCCAUCAUUCAAAUGAUUUCGUGGAAACACGGGAAGCGAAUUCUCUCUUUCUCUCUCUUCUUAGCCGAAUUGAAUAUAUUUAUUUGGCGAGGUAGGUAGAAUUUCCAAGUACUGGCAGAUAUUAAACAAUUUCUCGCACCAGAUAUUCCCCAAUCCCUGUCUUCUUCUGAGGUAAUGACGCUGAAUCACCACCAAGAGACUCACAGAUACGCCAUUGGGAUUUCCUUAUCAGGCAGCAGAAUUAGAAAUCGAAGCAUACCCUCUGUUAGACGAGCUAACAUCCAAGAUCAGCACCUUGAACUUGGAACGCGUGCGAAGGCUGAAGAGCAGGCUUGUUGCCUUGACUCGGAGGGUGCAGAAGGUAUUCGAGUGAGUCAAAGGCUGUGCGCAGGUGACUAACCAUCUCCCCGCACGACGUUGACCUGAGAUUUCCUCCCGCAGGUUCGGGACGAGGUAGAGCAGCUUAUGGACGACGACGGAGACAUGGCGGAGUUGUAUCUCACGGAUAAGAAGAGACGAAUGGAAGCCUCGUUCUACAGUGACCAGUCAUUGACUGGUUUGGGUUUCGCUGGGCUGGGGCACCCUGCUUCCGCCCCCUCAUCCCCUGUCUCCUCUCCAGCCGAAUCACCGAGGAUGGAGAAGCCCCUAAGCAUCAGCAGAAGUCGUCACGACAGCUUCAAGAGCCCUGACGGCGGCGGCGCCGAGAACAUAGAGGCGUUGGAGAUGCUACUGGAAGCUUACUUUGUGGUUAUAGACAGCAUCCUCAACAAGUUGACGUCGGUAUGCUGCGCCUCUCGUGCCCACUGUUGUCUCUGAUUGUCCUCAUUCUGAGCUGGGCAUGACUGAAUCUUGGUUCCAUUCCAGCUGAAGGAGUACAUCGACGACACAGAGGACUUCAUCAACAUCCAGCUGGUUUGUAUUAUUAUCUAACUUACUAUCUGUGCCAAUGUCAACUUGAUCUUCUUCACCUGAGAUUAAUAAGGGUUUUGGGUUUGACUUCAACGUGAUUGUCUUGGGAUCAUGACUCAAGUACUGUGAUUUCAGGACAACGUCAGGAACCAGCUGAUCCAAUUCGAGCUGCUGCUGACGACGGCGACAUUUGUGGUGGCCAUAUUCGGCGUGGUAGCCGGAGUUUUUGGUAUGAACUUCACAAUCCCGCUAUUCGAUCGACCAAGUGCUUUCCAGUGGGUGCUCAUAAUCUCUGCAAUAUGCGGUACGGUCAUCUUCAGCACAUUUCUGUGGUUCUUCAAGUAUAGAAGACUGAUGCCCAUGUGA